ACGCCAUCUCCAGUGCCCUUCGAUCGUAACCCGUGUCGCCUCCGUUUCUUCACCCAAUUCGAACACGACCUUUUCGCACCUCCUCUUCCUCUCUCUCCUCUUCGUUCUACGGCCUACAUUAUCUUGCCUCUUGAUCUCGCUGCCCUUCUGUCCUAGUCCUUGCUUCGAAAGAGAGAAGAAAAGGCUCCCUUUGAAGUAUUUGUGGUUACCAGUGUGGCGGUGGAGCGGAGAAGGAGAUGAAGUACGUUUUGGUGACGGGAGGUGUUGUUAGUGGGCUAGGGAAGGGGGUGACGGCGAGCAGCAUUGGUGUCGUCCUCAAGGCGUGCGGUCUCAGGGUUACCUCUAUCAAGAUCGAUCCCUAUCUGAAUACUGAUGCAGGAACAAUGUCACCAUUUGAACAUGGUGAGGUGUUUGUUUUAGAUGAUGGUGGUGAGGCGGACUUGGAUCUUGGAAACUACGAGAGAUUCUUAGAUAUCAAGUUGACUCGGGACAACAACAUUACAACUGGGAAGAUAUACCAGUUUGUCAUCAAUAAAGAGAGAAAAGGUGACUACCUUGGAAAAACAGUUCAGGUUGUGCCACACGUAACAGAUGCAAUACAAGAGUGGAUUGAACGUGCAGCAAUGAUUCCUGUUGAUGGCGAAGAAGGACCAGCUGAUGUUUGUGUCAUUGAAUUAGGUGGAACUAUAGGGGAUAUUGAGUCAAUGCCUUUUAUUGAGGCCCUAUGUCAAUUUUCAUGCCGUGUAGGACCUGGCAACUUUUGUCUUGUUCAUGUCAGUUUGGUGCCCGUUCUAAAUGUGGUUGGUGAACAGAAAACUAAGCCCACCCAGCAUAGCGUUCGGGGAUUAAGGGCACUUGGAUUGGCACCAAAUGUUCUUGCUUGUCGCAGUGAAAAGCCACUUGAUGAGAAUGUGAAAGGGAAAUUGUCUCAGUUUUGCCAUGUUCCUGUGGAGAACAUCUUUACCCUUUAUGAUGUUUCAAACAUUUGGCAUGUUCCUUUGCUUUUAAGGGACCAGAAGGCACAUAAAGCUAUUCUAACAAAACUGGACCUAUUAAGUCUUGGAGAGCCAAACUUAAGAAAAUGGAAGGAUAGGGCUGAACUCUGUGAUACAUUACAUGAUCCCGUCAAAAUUGCAAUAGUUGGAAAGUAUACUGGUCUUUCCGAUUCCUAUUUGUCUGUAUUGAAGGCCCUUUUACAUGCCUCUGUUGCUUGUCAACGGAAGCUUGUAGUUGAGUGGGUUCCGGCUGCCGACCUUGAAGAAUUAAGAGCAAUAGAGGCACCUAAUCUUCAUGGAAAGGCCUGGAAUAUGUUAAAGGGUGCAGAUGGCAUACUAGUUCCUGGAGGUUUUGGUGACAGGGGAGUUCAAGGAAAAAUUAUUGCAGCAAAAUAUGCUAGAGAAAAUAAUGUACCAUUUCUUGGCAUAUGCCUGGGCAUGCAAAUAGCUGUUAUUGAGUAUGCACGUUCCAUUCUCAAGUUGCAGAAUGCAAAUAGCACUGAGUUUGACCCAGACACAAAAAAUCCAUGUGUUAUUUUUAUGCCAGAGGGUUCAAAAACUCAUAUGGGUGGGACAAUGCGACUUGGAUCCCGGAGUACUUUCUUUCAUGUUCUGGACUGUAAAUCUGCAAAGCUGUAUGGCAACGUCAGGUACAUUGAUGAGCGACAUCGACACAGAUAUGAGGUUAAUCCUGGCAUGAUUUUGGAACUUGAAAAUGCUGGUCUUACAUUUGUUGGUAAGGACGAAACAGGCAGACGCAUGGAGAUUCUUGAGCUGCUUACUCAUCCAUAUUUUGUGGGAGUGCAAUUUCAUCCAGAGUACAAGUCAAGACCAGGAAAACCUUCUGCUCCCUUUUUAGGGCUCGUUGCAGCCUCAUGUGGCCAGUUGGGAAGGCUGCUGCAAAGCCUCAGCCACUCUGACAUGCGAACUCAUAAAGAUCUCUCCAUCAAUGGAGCUCCCAAGCUGAAUCCAUACCAAAACGGGGACAACAACAAACGUGCAUAUGGCUUAUACUCCAAUGGCGAUGGGGUGCAUGCCUAACAAUGGAUGCUGUUUUGUGUCUAAAGAAUAUAAGGUUUCUUCCCUUUGGUCUGUAUAGUUAUGCAUUACUUCAAGUUCAGAUAUAAUGGUUGUGUGCCCGUCCAAAGUUUUGAUGGAAGCAGCCUGUUUUACUUUAAUAUAGCUUUGAUAGGAUCUCCAAGUGACAAUAUCUGCUUCUUUGUAGAUGGAAAACUUGUGUCGUCUGCUCAAUGCCUGUAGGUUGCAGAUCUACAGGCUAGAAAUGUUAAAUCCUUUUAAACCCUGAAACAACAUAUGAUUUGGGAUCA